AUGGUCCUGCAGCCAGAGGGGGUCCAGUGGCUGUCCUGGAGUCUGGAGCAGGUGGCGAUGAUGCUGGGUGCUCGUUUCCCUCAGGACCACAUUUGGGUGGUACGAGCGUCACGCAUGUACUUACACAAGUUCAGCUCCUACCACAACUUUGUGGAGAGUAACUUGUUUGGAGCACCACAACACGAACCGGCGCUGCUGAGCCACGCUAUGGCACGAGCCGGCCUGCCGAAUGGCUUCCAUCCACAAGGAGACACUGCAAGCAUCCCAGCAGGGUUUUCUUUGACCGUAGUAGGUUUCAGCAAAGGCUGCGUGGUCCUAAACCAGAUGCUGUGUGAGUUGGGCGGCGCACGGGCAGACCGGCAGAUGCGGGACUUUGUCCAAAGCAUCUCGGACAUGUUCUGGCUGGACGGUGGACACCCAGGAGGAAGUGAAACCUGGGUGACGGACAAGCAGGUGCUACGCCAGCUGGCCAACAGCAAAAUUGGCAUCCACGUACAUGUUACCCCGUACGAGGUGCGUGACCCCAUGCGGGCUUGGGUCGGUCGUGAGCACAGAAGCUUCAUCAAGACCCUAGAAGAGUUUGGAGCGAGUCCGUUCCACAAAAUCCACUUUGAAGAUGAACCACCUUCGCUUGAAAAUCACUUCAGGGUCAUCCAGGAUUUCUGA